GAGAGAGGCGGGCCGCGGCCUGUUUCCCCUCGGGUUCGGAGCCGGACGCUGCAGGCUCCAGGCCAAGCUGACCGGCGGACACCCAGCCAUGAGUGACUCCGCGGGACAGGGCGCUCGCCUCCGGCGCUAUCCCGAGCUCCCGGUGUGGGUGGUGGAGGAUCACCAGGAGGUUCUGCCUUUUAUAUACCGAGCCAUAGGCUCAAAGCAUCUUCCUGCAAGUAAUAUAAGAUUUUUACAUUUUGACUCACAUCCAGACCUUCUUAUUCCUGUGAAUAUGCCAGCGGACACAGUGUUUGAUAAGGAAACACUCUUUGGAGAAUUAAGCAUUGAAAAUUGGAUUAUGCCUGCAGUUUAUGCUGGCCAUUUUUCUCAUGUAAUAUGGUUUCAUCCCACGUGGGCUCAGCAAAUGGCAGAAGGCAAACACCACUUUUUAAUAGGCAAAGACAUUUCUACCACAACAAUCAGAGUUACGAGUACAGAUCAUUACUUCCUGAGUGAUGGUCUCUAUGUCGCUGAAGACCAGCUAGAGAACCAAAAGCCGUUACAGCUGGAUGUGAUUACGGUGAAAGCUGACGGACUCUAUAACAACCAGGGCGGAAAGGCUGCAUUGUCAUCUGCCAAGAAGCCUAAGGUAGCCCUGGAAGACACAGAGAAUGCUGCCUCUGCUGACCAUGACUGUCAGUCAGAAGGGCCAGGAAAGAACCCAGUGACACAGAACGGCCAGUCUGGUCAAGAGCCGUCAUGUUCGUGUGCUUCUGAAAGUCAGCAAUGUCCGAGUACAGCCAGCACUGACCAGAUCCUGCCAAUCCUACAGCAAGGAGAUGCAUUUGUCUUAGAUAUUGACUUAGACUUUUUUUCCGUCAAGAAUCCCUUCAAAGAAAUGUUUACUCAGGAGGAAUACAAAAUCUUACAAGAACUUUACCACUUUAAAAGGCCUGGGAAUAACCUCACCACGGAUGAUUUAGCAGAUAUUGUUGAUACUCGAAUUCAUCAAUUAGAAGAUUUAGAAGCAACUUUUGCUGAUUUGUGUGAUGGUGAUGAUGAAGAAACUGUCCGGAGAUGGGCUUCAAAUCCUGGAAUGGAAUCACUACUUCCACUUGUACAGAGUUUGAAAAAACGGACAGAAGUGCCGGACUAUGAGAUGGUUCACCAAGCUGGUCUAACCUGCGAUUACUCAGAACUUCCUCACCACGUCAGCACUGAGCAAGAAAUUGAGUGUCUUGUUCAGUCUGUCUAUCACCUACUGAAAAAUCUACCCAAACCUACGCUGGUGACAAUUGCAAGGUCAAGUCUGGAUGACUACUGUCCUUCUGAACAAGUCGACAGCAUUCAGGAGAAGGUCCUCGGUGUGCUGCGCUCUCUCUAUGGGACUCUGGACACUCACCUGGUGUACUCAGCAGAGUCGCCUCCAUCUUGAAUAACACCAAACUCCUAUCUUAGUUAUGUAAAGUAACAGAUGCUAGUUGUUGCAAAUGAGUCUUCCAGAGAACAUUUUGUACUUGACUUUCGGUUGAAAUCUCUCACAUAUUUUGAACCUCUAAGCAAAUAUUAUCAGUGUUUGAAUGAUAGCAGAGUUUUUUGGGAGGAAUGGAGGUGAGGGAUUACACCAAAUCUACUACUGCCCCAAUGGAUGGAAAUAUUCAUUAUCUAUCAUCGUCUUCCUUUUUGUGAGAGUUAUUUCCCCUUCUCCUUCUCCUAGGCAAAAUGGACUUAAUGAGAUUUAUGUAUUCAUUCAACUCAUGGAUGUUAACUACUUACAUGUACCAGACAUUACUAAGUACUACAUAAACUGCGAAACAAAAUAGGUAAAGCCAUGCCAGGAGGCAGGUGAGAAGAAAAUUACAGGUUGUGAGCAGUAUUGAGAAGGAGGAAAAGACACCAUAAAUAUGUCUUAGGCAUAUUCUCAGGGCCUUCUAGGAAAGUAAUGUUCUCCAAAGCUAGUGCCAAAAUAAAACCUUGCCAAUCCAUGAAAAUACUACAGGAAGUCAGCAUCUCCAAGGCUAUUGGGAUUAGGGUCAGUCAUCGCUUACUCUCGAGCAUGGUUUUUACUAAAGAGGCCCACUGAUGGGCUGGGGAUAUGGCCUAG